AUGCUCGACAGGAAGAGCGAACAAAUUGAGGGAGUCAGUUUUCCGGUGGCUCCCAUUUUGGCUGUUAAGCCUUGUCGCCGGAGUUGUGGCUUCAAGAGAUGCACUGAUGGAUCAAGAAACAACAGGGGUGUUUUUGGAUAUCUUAUUGACGAGAAGGAUCAAAAGGACCGGUUUCUACAGAGCUUAAAAUUUAACGAAGACAAAAUUCCCAAAACGCGGUAUUCGCUAUUCCCUUUUGCCACGCUAUCUCACCCUCACUCUCGAUCUUUUGAUUCUCUUUCAAAUCGGAGUUUAUUUGAUCGGGCGUCACUCAGGGUUUGUUUGAAUUUGUUACUGUUGCUCCGGAUUACAAGAAGCAUAAACAUAGGAAAAAGCCUUAGGGUAAAGAAAGAUAUCGCUGUAGUCAGAACUUUGUUUGGCUCAUAAAGGAACAUUUUUACCAUGUGGCUGAAUAGCUGAUCUACUCUUUCUUUGUGAAGUAAACCGGAAUGGAUAUGACAAGGAGAGUGACUAGAAACCAGAAUGAUGAUGAUGCAUCUAGCAGUGAGACUAUCAAGACUGAUGAUGUGGGACCUUGGUCAUAUCUCAACCAUGAUCUGCUUUUAUUAGUUAUGAUGCAACUGGGAGUCAUCAAUUUUGUUGCAUUCAGUGGAGUUUGCAAAUCAUGGAGAUCAGUAGCACUCAGUAACAGGAAAAGUUUUAUGGCAUCCAAACCACCAAUGCUGAUGAAUAUCUCUGAUAGUAUUAAUAAGGAUUGGCAAUGCUGCCUAGAGGACCAUGAACGAAGAAAGUUCAAAACCACACUAACGCAUUCUGCUGGAAUGUACUGUUGUGGAUUUACUUGUGGUUACUUGAUCUUGUUCAGGAUAAAAACCAAGGACUUCUGGCUUGUGAAUUUAAUCACUAGACAUGAACUUUUUUUCCCUCCUGCCCCUUGGGUGUCUGAUUAUGUAUCAGGCGUCGCGUCUGUUCUUGUAUUUUCACCUUCAAUAUCUAAAUUGGUGUUUGUUAUCUUAGCCCAGAAGCAAAUAUGGUUCUCUAUAGCGGAUGAGGGAGCAUGGAAUUGUGUUUCAUCCACUUUUGACUUCAACUUUUAUAAGGAUUUACAUGUUUUUAAGGGGAAGAUAUAUACUUUAAACUCUAAUAACGGUCAUUUAUGUGAACUCGUACUCAAUCCUGAGCUUAGAGUGACGUUACUUGAAACCAACAAUCUUCUGGAUGAUCUGAACAUAUUUUCCCCGCAGCUUGUAAGUUGUGGUGAAAACCUUUACAUGAUUUUGAUGGAAGGAUUAUUCAGAGAUGAGAUCAAUGUUAUAAACUAGACUUUGGUGAAAUGGAAUGGGUGCCUUUUCAAGAUACAGGAGACGAACGUGGUUUCUAUAUGAGCCAAGUGGGUCAUAGUGCUGCUGUGAAACCAGUGUUGUGGGCUGAGCCUUGGUCACACUACCCGAGAUAUGAUGUUCCGAAUGGAGGUGGACAUGGCAGGUUUUUUCCUGCAGAUGAGGUGUGGUAUUUCACACAUGAAUGUUUGAAUGUUAAUCUCUUAGAUGAGUCAUCAUGACUUAUUACCUCUCUUAUUUUUGUAUAUGUCGAGAACCAUUGGUGGUGAUUUUGGACUUUGCAGUUUAUCUUCUCAUUAUCAGGGGCACAACUAUUAUUUAUAUUUAUCUCCUGUGAUAUGGUGUCGUCUUUU